CAACUGUGGAAAUGAUUACGGUAUAGAGGUAAUCCAAAAUUAAGUUUUUCGUUAAAAAGGUUAAGUUUAUAACUUAUCACCUCUGAUUCUUUACAUAAAAACAGUUAAAUCUUCAAAAAUGGCGACUGCGGGUAUCCAAAGUAUGGUGGAAACACUUCCAGUGGAGCCAACCAUGCAAAUAAAGUUGCAAAUGCCACGUCCACCGAAAGGUGUCCCGGGAGCAGGAGGCCCCAGCAAAAUGAGGAAUAGACUUAGACUAGAUCCAUCAAGGGCUUUAGAACCGGCCAGGAAAAAAAUUGCUACAAUAGAAGCACAACGAGUUAUGUCAGUAUUUGAAGACACCAUCCACAGGAUAGAAAUGGUCAGUAUACUGCCAUAUUUAUUGAAUAACGUUGACAGGUUUCGUGUUAGUCUGGGAGCUGAACUAGCAGGGCAUUUGGAAAAUCACCAAGUAAUCCAGGAAAGCUAUCAGGAGAUUAAACAGCAGCUUGAUAUACAAAUAAGACAAAACCGUAAACAGCAUCAGAAAGUUACUGCACGUCCAAGUACAGGGGGUUCUUUCACCAGUGAAGGAAGAGCCUACAGUCAAUACAGUGGAGAUGAUACUACUGCUCCAACAAUGCCAACAGAGGAAAGUGAGAUGAAGGAUGACAAGGGCAUGGAUGUAUUUGAUGAAGCUGAAGAAGAUGCACAGAGUGAGCGACAGUCAAGCUCUCGACAAAGCGAUGUGUCAAAUAUUAGCGCAGCCAGCUUCAACAGCACAAUUGAUCGAACCAUGAGGAAUUUGAAUUUAGUUGCUCAACAGCUGAGUACUUCCUGCAAAAAUAUCAUCCGAUGUUUUUAUCUCAAUACUGCGGCAAUGAAGACCAUAAUGAACCAGGCAAGCUCUACCAUUCCUAACAGUAACAAGUUGCUGAUUCAGUACCUAAAUGAACUGAAGGAGAUUCUCCUGAAUAAACUGCUAACAACUCCUGAAGAAGAGAGUGAAAGGAUGGAUUACAUCCAAGAAAUUUCUCUGAGAGAGAGAAAUAAUGCUGCUAUCAUUGAGAAAUUGGAGGAAGAAUUGAGAGCUGCCAUGGCUGAUAAAGACGAAGAGAUCAAAAAGAAAAAUGAUGUAAUCAGGAGAAUUCAAGCUGAUCUCCGCCAGAUUGAGAAAUUCUCUGAGGAAAAUAUGAAACGAGUCCAAACUGAAGCAGAGAAACAGGAGGCAGCCGACAUUAAGACAAGCGAUGGAAAGAAACAGCGGUUACUUCAGGAACUACAGCAACUGAAGACCCAGAAUCAGAAUUUGAUUACGGAGCACAGAGAAAGCGAACAGGAUUUGAGAAGAAAAAAGUUCAGGGUGGAGUCCCAGGUGGAAAACUUGAUACAAAAGUUUGAUGCCGAUAUGACCGAGAGACAGAAUGAAUAUGAAGAGAUUGACACAGAGUACACAAAAGAAAAGAAACAACUCCAUGAACUGGAGGAGCGUUUCAAGACUCUGGAGGAUGAGUACCAACAGAUCAUGGAGGAACGACGUAUCGCCCGCGAGAAACGUGAAGCCGCAGAGCGUGACAUGUCCAACAUGGUGAAGGCUGCCACUACCAUACAGGCCUUCUGGAGAUCAUUCAAGGUCAGGAAGGCACUCAAAGGUCGCAAGAAGAAGGGUGGUGGUGGAAAGAAGAAGAAAUAAACAGCUGUGAAAUCAAGAUUUCAUGAGAAAAUUUGAUGUCAAAAGCGAAAUCUGGAAAAAGAAAUGUUGGACUUCUUCAAUUUGUUUAAUAUAAAUAAAGGCUAUUUUGUCCAUUCUAUGGAGUAAAAAAAUAUUUCAAAUGCCCGUCACUCUUUAUGUCAUGGAACUUUUCCCUAUGUAUAAAUCUUACACCUUCAGGACCACUUCAUGUACACACUAACAGCUUGUCCAAUUAUUAUGGUAUCAUUUAAUUAGAAAUGUAGUGAUGUGCAAAAAAAAAAAGGAUCAACAGUGUGUCACAUUUUGAUUUCUCUGAAUCAUUGAACAGAUUCAUAUUUUGCUUGUAUGUACCAGGUAUUUGUGUAAAUAUUUGAAAAUUCCCUUGUCAUCUCUUAACGUUUCUCCAGACAUCAGACUACAUCAGUUCUAAAAGGUGAUACAUUUUUUUGUUUCUUGUGAAAAAUCAAUAUUUGUAAUUUUUGUUUACAUUAAGCUAGGUAAUGUAGAUUUUGUGUUUGUUUUUGAUGAUGCUGAAAACAUGCGAUCUAUGUACUUUUGAGAUCACAUGAUCUUCUAAAACAAAAAAUAUCAGAUUGGUUGUGUCAGAUCUACUAUAAUGUGAAUGCUUCUAAUGACACCCAAUACUGUACUAGAUUGUGUCUAUUCAGAAGAAAGUAGGGAUAUUAAUAUAUUACAUAUAUGAUUGUUUUCAUUACUUUGUGUUGACUGUGAUAAUAAUAUUGUUAUUGAUUUUGUAAAUAUUAA